AUGAAGUCGACACUCCCCCAUUUAUCUGCUAUCCUCCUUCUCACCUUUGCCUCCCUUAUCUCUUCGACCAUCGGCGAUAUCGCAAAUUUAACUUUCUACGGAGUUUGGAUUGGUGCUGGCCCUCAGGCCAUCAUCACCAAGUUCGAGAGCACACUAGUUCUUCCUGGCGGCUCUCCAGACCAGUCUCCAACGCAUGAUGUCCAAGCUUUCUGGCCAGGCAUGGAGCCCGCGAAGUCGAACGCUGUGUUCCAAAACGUGAUCACGAAUCAAGGUGGUGGGCCGGGCGAGUGCCCGGCAACAAACCUGACAGAACAAAUGCGAGUCUGGCCUGGCGAUACCGUCAAGAACGUUUUCACUCUCGAUAUUCCAAAUGGAAAGUGGUACAAUAACUGGGUCGUUACUCCUGGUGAGCAGGGAAAUGCUGCUGGUCAGCAGCCGUUUGGUGGAGGAUUCGAGUUCGAUCCUGCUUUCGACACCGAAACAAAGGGUGCACCAUACACAGGCGCACUUCUCACCAUCGAGCUUCAGGAACUCGGAACUUGGGAUUUCGGCUCGGUGAUGUGGCAGAAUGUUAUCCUUGAGGCAAAUACUACGGAAACUAAGUGGUGUACAGAUGGCCCCUCAGGUCCCAAGAACUGGAAUUGGACGGCCUCCCCUGGGACAUUCUCGACUUCUGAUAAGAAUUUGACGACUUGCUAUUAUGCGAUGAUCGUUCUGGAAAGUCCAAACCCGAACUAA